AUGAUGGCCCUUGUGCCAUCAAAUAACGGCGAGAGCGACAAUCGGACUGCACAUAAUGAAAAGAAUAGAAACGAUGGUAUCAAUAGAAACAGCGUUUCAUCAUUAUCAGUUAAUCAAUUCAAUGCAAGACCUUCGCAAGAUAGAACUACAUACGAGCAGGUUUAUCAAAUUCAGCAAUCACGUGAUCGAACAUCGAGCAAUUCAAAUCGACAGCGGCGUGCAGAUGGAAAGACUUUUGUAGUUAUCGAUACUUCAUAUGACAAUCCUCCACCUGAAAACUCUGCUAUUCAAUUACCAUUAAUCGAAACUCAUCAUUCACGACCCGUAUCGAGAAAUUCGAUAUCGAGAAAACGAUCAGAACCAUUAGGUGUUCUACCACUUAAACAUCGACACAACCUUCGCAAUCAUAAAAUACCAACAUCAUCAGAAGAUGCGAAACAAGAACUGCUCAGGCUGGCGGCAUGUGAGUUCACAGCAUCAAAUGUUCAUACAAAUUUAUCGCGAACACAUGAGUCAAUGCAACGCAUCAGAACAUAUAACAGAGAUGAGUAUGAUGAAAACGCUCAUCGGUACGAACCAAAAACAAAUAUGGAUAUGGAAAAAAGCAAUUAUCGAAGUAGAAAAUGUACUCCGGGGCGUCUAAAUUCGACGUACCGUUUUCUUGGAUACAAUGGUAAAGAGCGAGCUGCUAUUGUAAUUCAAUCCUAUUGGCGUGGUUUCUGCAUUCGACGUGUGUAUGAAAAGUUUAAGAAACGUAAAUGGGCAGUUCGAGUGAUUACUUCUGCUUGGUCAGCGUAUGCGAGACGAUCUCAGAUUCGACAUCGAUUGAAACUAACACGCCAACGUCAAUUAGAAUUCUUUCAUAGAAAACAAAAUGAAUUGUACGAAAAUUGGCCAUCGAUAGUAUCGAAUCGUCGAAUGAUCGUCCAUUUACCAUCGUUAGGUUUAACACAAUCCACGCGAAGAAGUUUAACGGAUUUAUCCUUAAGAGAAAGUUAUCAAAUUGGACGUCUUUGUGAACUCGAAGAUCCAAACGUUGAUGUGAUCUACGUUUCACCAGUCGAUGUAACUAAGGAAAUUUCACAAUACUAUGAUAAAUUAAUAAACUUACGAGCAAUGGUUGAACAAGGAAGUGAGCAAUCGAUACUCUCAGCUACCAACAAUGUCAAUGAACGUUUCAAGAUCAUUGUACCUGAAGCAUUGCAUAGUUUUCCAAAACAUAACAUGUGUUUAGCUACGCUAUUGAAAUACAGCCCCAAAGCUUUGAAACAAAUUAAAAGUUUGAUUAAAGAUUGGCCAUGUUAUCUGGUAUCAGGUGUUUCACAUAUUGAUGAUUUGUAUAUUGCUGAAUAUCUUGAUAUUCCCAUCUAUGGUUGUGAACCCGAAGCAUCUUAUUUAUAUUCAACAAAAUCCGGUUCCAAGCGAAUCUUUAAAUCCAGUAAUGUACCUCUACCGUUCAGUGAAUAUGAUAUUUAUGAUGAAAAGCAUCUGCUCAAUGGAUUAGCUCAAUUAAUUCUCGAUCAUUUGGAUAUUCAGCGAUGGUUAUUUAAAGUCGAUGAUCAAUUUGAUGGACUAGGUGUCGCAUAUUGUGAUAUUGCGAUGCACCUUCCGUGCUAUCAAAAUGUCGUGAAAGAAGCAGAAAAGUUGCGUGAAGUUUGGUCAAUUAAAUCCGUGCAAAAAGAUUACUAUAGAAGAAUCCUAUCGGAAUUACCUGAUGUUCUUCAUAAACAUACAGUGUAUAUAAAUAAAGCUCAGUUCAAUUCUUGGAAGGGUUAUUUGUCAGUUUUCCUGUCUCAAGGAGGUAUCAUCGAAGCCUGUCCCCCAUCUAAUUCGAUCACAUCUUUGACAGUAUCUCUUGCUAUUGAAUUCAACGGACAAUACUCACUCAUCUGCGCCGGCGAUCAGCUUCAUGCUGAAUCACAAUUUUCUUGUUGGGGUUUAGUAUUUCCUCAGACAAGUGUCGAUCCGAAAGAGCUAAAUGGUUACUGUGCGCUCAUUGCUGAACAAUGUAAACAAAGACACAUCUAUGGUUAUGUUGAUAUUGAUUUCGUGACGUUUAUCGAUGCCGAAACGGACAAACAGCAUCUUUGGGUUACAGAUUUGUCCAUUGGAUAUUCCGAGCAUGUUUCUCUUUUUCGUGUUAUGAAAUAUAUUACGACGGGACAAUUCAAUUCUCAAUCACAUUCAUUUACGGUUCAAAUGAAACAACCGAAACAACGAUUGAGAAAUUGGCAAAAUGGCGCACCAGAGUAUCUCAUCUCCGAAAGAAAUCGUUUCGCAAUUUGGAGUUCUCGGCUUUAUCACACUAGCCUAUCCGCUGUUCAUUACAGUGUCUUUUUUCAAAUUUGUCGAACACACGGUGUGGGUUUUGAUGUUCGAGAAAAGCAAGGUAGCAUUUUUACGUUGCUCCAAGGAAACCAUCACGACCAUAUCGGAAUGGUUACUAUUAGUGAAACAUUGCAACAGACUUUAUCGACCUUUAUUAGUAAUCUAAAUGCCAUAGAGCGAGAGCUAAUAAAAACAACAGAGGCACAAGGUCAACACAAUUUUAUGUUAGCAGUGAAUGAUAUCAAUAAUAUCUUAGAUGCUACGCAAGAUAAUGUUUCAAAUGUGUCACUGAAUACUACUACAUCUUAA